GAGAGAGAAAAGAUGGAGAAGGGCGGUGCGGCAAUUCGUUCCAAUUUCCAAAUUUGUUUCCUUUGUUGGAAGGAACACAGCCAUAUUCUGACGAACCCAGAACCCAUCACUCUUUCAGAACCUGACCCUUAACCUUCUCUCUGAGAAAUUCUCCAAUUCCCAGCUUCCCUUUGUCCCAAAUUCCACUCUCUCAAAACCCACCAUGCCCCCUUCGUCAUAACAUCCAAUUUCCAAUCCCAAUCCAACCCCACCUCCUCAAACAUGUCCUCCCAACACAUCAAUGCCCUCAACUCCCACCUCCUCUUCCAACACGAAGCCAUCCCCUUCAAUUCCUCCACCACGUCGCAGCGCCGCGUCACCGACCCAUCUCCCAAAACCCGCGAGCUCUGCGGUUUCAUGGACGACAAGCUCUUCCCUACAGAACGAGAUCGAUUCUUCGCCCAUCAGGGUGGCGAUUUUCGCCAGAGUUUGUUUUGUGAUGGCCGGAAUUGGAAUGGGAAUGGGAGUGGGAGGACUGGAAGUGGGAAAGGAUCGGAUGAAGAAGAUGAGGAUGAUGACGACGACGACGAAGAUGAAGUCGAUGAUGACGAUGGCGAUGUUGAAGGACUUGUUUCUUUGGAUGAUGUUAAUAAGUCCAGAAAAACUGGUAACCCCAAUAGCAGCAACAAUGAGAGAAGCGAUCAGAGUGGUGGGGGCUUGAAGAAUGGGACGAACAAAUUGGGCAAUGGGAAGCCUAAGCAACAUUCUUCUUUUGGUGGAACUUUGUUGGUUAAGGAUGGGAUGGCUGCCCCUUCUGGGAGUAACACAGGAGAAGCUCAGAGUGAGAAUCACCAGCAGGGAAGGUUGGGGAAUUACCCAAAUGCGGUUACAAUUGCAGAACAUGACAGUGAAACGUAUUAUUCCCAAUAUUUGCAAGGCACUGAGGGGUCUGCUUCUGGACACAAGGAUUUGGCUAUGGAAAAUGGAUGUGGGUUUGGGAGAAGGGAUGUUUUUCUUUUGGGUGAGCCUGGAGAGUCUCUCAGAGCAAUUCUCACAGACCCUGUGACGGGCUCUCUAAUGGAUGAUGCAAUGAUAUUAUCGUGUGGGCAUUCCUUCGGCAGUGGUGGAAUAGAACAUGUUCUUAGACUAAAAUCUUGUUACACGUGUUCUCAGUUGGUUUCUGAAGACUUAAUUGCCCAAAACUUAUCUCUUCAAGCUGCAGUCCGAGCAUUUCGUCGGGAAGAAGAAUUGUUAUUUUACCGCUCACCGAAAAGGAGAAGGGAGAGGUUUGAGCAGGACAAGGGUGGCUAUAGUGAUUCGACCAUGGGUACUCGAAGGGGUCGAGGCGUUCAGUUUCCUUUUGCAGUGACAGAUCGGGUAAUUAUCAAGGGGAACAAGAGGACACCGCUGCGUUUCGUGGGACGUGAAGCUGUUGUUACAACACAGUGUUUGAAUGGAUGGUACGUGGUGAAAACACUAGACAGUGCAGAGAGUGUAAAGUUGCAAUACCGCUCGCUUGCGAAGGUUCCGAAUGAUGCAGCAUCAAAAACGACAACAAGUAAGAUAGCACCUAAUUGGCUUUAGCCUUGCAAAAUAUAAAGAUUAUAGAAACUUGAGUUCGAGACACAUUAGAAGCGGCUGAUUAUGUUGUAUUUAGAACACACAUAGAAGAAGAGUGAUAUUAUGUAAAUAUAGUUGCUGGGUUUGAGGAGAGGUAGAGAGGUAGAGGAUGAGUUUUGAGAUAGGAUCAGCAUCUUGUGUUCUCAAGUAAAGAUAAGAUGUCACCUAAAUUUUGAUGUGGUUUGGAGGUUUGGAUGCUUUUUCAAUGUUCAUUUCAUUCCGUUGUGAA